AUGGCGACAUCCACACGCGAACAAGUUCGGCUACUGUGCCGAAGUUUCAAGGAGUGGGUGCAGCGAAACGUCCAGCAAGGUAUAGAUGGCAAUGAUGAGGAGAUGGACUAUGUCUCCUAUUCGAAGCUGAAAGACUAUUGGACACAUGACCGCAUAGGAAUAAUACUCGGCUCCUAUGACCGAGAAGUAGACAUCGACAUGAUUCAACACAGCUUCAUACAGGUCAUCUCAAUCCUCACAUAUAUCUCGGACGACAUUCACAGAUGGACUGAAUACCUUGUAUACUUCUAUAGAACCGAGACUGACGACGACUCUCUGCCUUUACCUACCUACGAUGCGAGGUCACGUCGAAAUCCUGCCCCGUUCGAGCAUUUUCUAUCCGACGGCCCUCAAGCUUGGUGGCAGUUCUCGACACAUCAAUGGAAGUUUUUGCCCCUCAAUUUCAAACGAAAGGACAGGAUUAUAGACCGAGUGCACGACCCCAGAACCCUGGAUCCGCGGUACAUCAUCCCCGUUACGAUCGAGAGCGAGCUUUCAAAGCGACCGGGUGGUAGCGCACGUGUACUCAAGGUGCUGCCUCAUGAAGCCAGUGGGCUACAACCGGAGAAGGGCUCAAUCACUCUCAAAAUGUACGAUAAAGAUCGCUACCAUCAGGAGUUCUUGCAUGAACGACACAUCUAUACUACGAUCCGGAACAUGAGGCGCACAGCCACGAUCGACGUGUCUAAAUACUUCCUCAGUUAUUAUGGAUGUUAUGUACAAGGGAAUAAGUGCGUUCUUGUGGUCGAGUACGCGAACCAAGGAAGCUUGUUAGAAUUCUUUCGCAAGAAUUGGCAUUUACCACGUACCGGAGAAGAAGCGCGUGGCCUCUGGCAUAGGCUGGGUCAGCUCAACAAUGGGCUUGCUCUUUUGCAUAAUGGUGGCCAAUACACUUCAAGUCUUCACCAGGACAUAAAGCCGGCCAACAUAUUCGUUUUCGAAGACAGUUCCACCGGGGACCUAUGCUUUAAAUUUGGAGACUUUGGGACGUCAAGCGUCACCCCAAUCGCUGAAAUUGGGGAUACGAUUGGCGAUGAUCAUGGAGGUACCAAGAUGUACUCAGCCCCUGAGCUCUGUGCUAUCGACGAUGAAGUACAUAUGGCUGAGAAAAUUACCUGGGGUGCGGAUAUAUGGAGUUUUGGUUGCGUGCUACUGGACUUCGGCGUGUGGAUGGCCCUCCACGAACGAGGCCGAAUAGCGUUCCGGAAAGAGAGGGUUGAAGAGACUCGCAGCCUCAAACGAAGUUCAUUGAGCAAUGCAGGAUAUGAUGGAGCUUUCCACAACGGGGAGAAGAUACUCACUGCCAUUAACCACAAAAUUGAGGAGAUCUGGCGACUUGACAGUCCAGUGGCACGAUCUGUGGGCCAUGUAAUGGAGUUUAUUCAGAGAGAAAUGCUUCGACCAAACGAUAUGGAGCGCCUUAAUGCGCAGCAAUUAAAGGCGCGCUUUCAAGACGCCAUUGAAGGCUUAGGGAGCCCGCCACUCCAUAGUGUGCGCAGAAUGCCGUCGCAGAUCAGCGAAGACUCAAUUGCACGAACCAGAACUUCAAUCGGUCAAAAUCGCGAUACUGUAAUACUUGAAAAUAGGAGUAGCCGGGAGGAGGAAGCAGAGAGAAACGGGGAACCUCAAAGAUCCGCAACGUGUUUUCCACAGACUCAAGUGACUGAUGACGGAAAUUUGAGCCGAGUAUCUCUCACACAGGUAUCAGUCGGUAGAAGCCAGAGUGUGACACUGCCUCACCGAGGAGCACCGACCCCGUCGUCUUCGUCGUCGAAUCAGUCCAGACCACUUGGAUCACGGCAAGAUUCCGUCGGGCAAUCUGGUAGCAUGGUAUCCAGAAACUCGAAACUUACAUCGGCUUCUAACAGCACUUCCGAACAUACCAUCAAAGACAUACUCGAAUGGAUUCCCAAGAUUAAAGCUCAACAGGCAUUCAUGCCAAAGUGGCUAGAGAAAACCCUCGAACAAGUCCGUGGUCGCGACCAGUGUUUCAUCUUUGACAACUCUGUAUCCAUGACCGAACACUGGAACCAUGUAAAGCAUGCCGGUGAUGCUUUGACCUAUGUUUUGAAGAAUGUCGAUCCAGAUGGUUUUGAGGUUCAUAUGACCAACGGUGGGGACUCUAUCAAGCGCAAGGAUCGAAAGGGCUUGUUUGAGGCGUUCGGAUAUUUCGACACCCACUGUCCCCGGGCAGACUCGGGCUCCUGUGCAAUGGAAAACGUCUUAUCUAACAUCCUUGAGACUGCCGUGACCAAAGCCUUAGCCCAACCCUCAGGUUUCUAUCUUCGGAGAUCUGGCAAAAUCAAGGGCAUCAGCGUCUACGUCUUCACGAACGGAGUCUGGGAGAAGCGACGUAGUCGUUGCGGAUCACCCCGAGAAGCAGGAGGUGUUGAGAACGCGAUCAAAAGCGCCGUCCAAAGGCUGCAAGACGCGAAGAAAAUGAGGACAUUCCUCUCAAUCCAGUUCAUUAGCUUUGGCAACGACCCUGAAGGUCGUCGUCGGAUGGACUGGCUCGACGACGACAUUGAAGAGAUCACGGAUGGUUGGGAUAUCGUGGACACGACGCAUCAUACCGGGAGCGUUGAAAAGAUGGUCAUUGGCGCCAUCAGCGGUGCGAUGGAUGGCGACAAGCAUUCCAAAGCCACGAACAGGGAGCCAAUUGGUGUCACCGAGACGUAGCUGCAUCUGGCACAUCGUGUAUUCCGUAGUAGAGUGUCAUCGGAGCGCCAUUGAACCCCGAAAUCGGAUUCAGUGAAGCAACAUCAAGCGGCUGUCACAUUUUAUCGUGUGCCUUUUCUUUUUCGGUGCGGCCCGCGCAUCACGGGCUACACUUGGCGCGAUUACCGCUGACCCGGACUCAUGUCUCAUGUGGACGCCCGCAGCCCAUGUAAGUCGAAUACAGUUGAUUGGCUUCAUCUAUCCAUCUACUGACGUGGACUUGAAGAUAUCGUAUAGAUGCUUGCUAACACAUGAGUAAUCUCUGAAGUGACUGGCUGGCGAUGAGGAAGGGAAGGCCAGGCCGUGAACAGCACUGACAGCAGGCGUUCGCUAAGCUCCUAUGAACAUGUGAUGCGAGCUAUCACAUCUUCAUGCAGGCACAUAGAGAAAUGCCAAACGCUCAACAUCAUCCCUCGACUCUCUGUUACGAUGAGUGAGGGAUACUAACAGCAAUGCAA